AUGUCUGCAUCUGUAAAUUCGCAGAGCACCACAGAUGCUGGCGACUUCCAGUUUAUUACCGAGUCAAACAGUCGAGAACUACGGAGCCAUGCAAUGAAAUCUCAUUGGCGAAUGCGAAAGCAGCGGGCAAGCGGUCGACGCAGCGCAGGCAGCGGUUCACAGCCGCAUUUGCAGCCACUCCGGCCGCGCGUCCAUCACAAUCAUGUUCCAGCGAUACAUCAAGCUGACAGAGCAUCCGACACGAAAUCCAGUACUUUGACCAGCUAUGACCAGCUCCCUAGCAUGGGUGAUUUGACACGAGCAACCUCAGAGGCGCUUUGCAGCGCGAUGGGAACCCUGAGUGGCGGCCGCCUGGACCCGUUUGACACUCUUCCUGUCAGGCUAGCAACUGUGCAUCACAGACUAUUGUACCACUGGCUUUCCACGAGUGCGACAACGAUGCCCCACCAUCUCCCAGCUCCAAUUCUCAACACAGCGCGAGAUGUAUGGCUGCCACUUGACUUGUCAAAUGCCGCGUCAUUUAAUAUUUGCAUGGCUCACGCAGCUGCGCACCUGGCGCGGAUCCACGGACGACGAUGCUCUACAAUCGCUCUGAAUUUUAAACUAGAGGCGAUGCGAAUCAUCUCCGAAUGGAUACAAAACGAAGUAAAAGCCCUCAGCGAUGACAUGUUUGCAGCUGUCUUGAGACUCUUGACAUAUGAACGACAAUGGGGGACUGAAUCCGAUUGGCAAGUCCACCGUCAUGGCUUGCGUCAGAUGCUUGACGCUCGCGGCGGCGUUGAGGCACUCGCUAGUAACGGGCGCCUUGCACUGGUUGCAGUUCUAACAACACUUAUGGUACGACAAACGUGGUUCGAUUGCUCGAAUCACAUCUCGGGCUUGCUUGCUCCUCAAUCGCUCUACACACUCAGCCUUAUCACUGGGGACGAGUCGGCCGCCACUCGCCUUCGGUGUCUGUGGUUUCUUUCACUCAGUCAAGAUAUGGAACACUUUGUACUCCAUUCAAUGGAGACAAAGUCCAAUAUUCUUGCAAAUUAUCCCCAUCUUCAGGAUGCAUUGCUGCUCCUCUUGGUGGACAUUGAGGAAGAUGACGUCAACGUCAAAGCCGACGGCCACCACGGCGCAGACAUGAGCGAUGGUGAUUUCAGACGACUGGCAUGCAUUUUCUUCAUUGCCAUUCUAUACCGAUCCUCGAUUAUGCCACCACUAGAGGCUUCAAGCCCCAUUCAAGGGUCGUACAUAACCUGUCCAUCAGCCCUUUUUGCACUCAACGCACACCUAUCAGAAUACUGCGACACCUGGCGUUGGGAUGUGGAAGGACUUUACAUCACCCUCUUUACGGGCUUUUCCUCCGCUGGUGAUGGUAUACCUGACCGCGACUACGUGUUGGGCAUGAUAUCUAUUCUCAGGUCUCUGACCUGCGCCGCUCGCCACGGCAUAGAAAGCUGUUUACUGCACCAAGCUACGAGUGCAACGACCAACAGCGCCUUUCUCGAUCAGUGCAAUCCCCGAAACUUGGCCAUCGGUGAAGUCUUUACAGUCAGCCUAUCGACGGUCGGCUUUAUGCAUUUUGGCGAGCGUAUUAGCUGCGGCAUCCGAGAGCGAUCCGCAUAG